GAGCGAAACCAAGCGGCUUCUAUUGAUAUUCAAUAAAAAAAUUCAAUAUUUAACUAUAAUUUCUCAAAUCUGUGAAUUUUUAAUAACUGAAGAUAAACAUGCCACAAAUAUGGAUGGACAAUGAAAAUGCUGGCGCCAACCUGCUGCCAAGAUCCGCUCGCAAAGCGAUUGGCGAAAGCGCUGGCAAAAAGAGCGUUUUGAGCAAACUGGACAACGUUAUCAACAGCCAGAAAUCGCAUCUGACGCCAUUCAAAGGCCAAAACACAAAAUGGCCAUUGAGCUGCGCGCCAAAAUUGUCGCUCUGCAAAGAAACACUGCAGAAGCAGUAUCGACGACAGCAGGAGCAGCAUCAGAAGAAGCGGGAUGCUGGGCUGUUAAUUGAGGGGGGACAGUGGAAAGCAGCGGAAUUUAAUGCUGCCAAUGAUCUUUAUGUGAGAUCGGCUGAUCCCAACGAUAGCCUUGAUCUGAUUGACUACAUGCAAUUUCCAACUCAGAAAUGUUUGCGUAAUUGCCAAAAACCAAUUUCACAAAAUUUGAUGGAACCAUUGCUAAGUAAGGAACUUAUUGAUAAACUUCUAAACAAUACAUUCGCUGAGGAUGAUCUUACGGUGCCCGAUGUGCCCGCUUAUCCCAACUUGGACCAGGAUGAAUUUGCACUUAUGUCUUUGGAACAUAAGCUAAGUGAAUCUGUGGAGAAGUCUACUGAAGUAUUUGAGGUCAUGCUGCCGCCAGUCUUAUAUGAUAUUGAUUUCGACGAGGAACCGUUUAAGUUUUAAGAAUGUGUUGUUAAAUUAGGUGUUUAUAUGAUAAGAACUAAUUGUUGGCAUGAAAAAUGAAUAACGUAUCUGCAGUCUUUAGUUUAUCAACGUAUAUUAAUAUUUGAGAGAGAGAAACAUCGGAAAUUGGACUGAUAUUGUUCUCAUCGAUAUCGAACAGCUAUAAUACUACAUCUUUUUAUAUAUUAUUCUACGCAUUAAAUAUUAUUAUUUAAAAGUACAAA